CGGGCGCUGCCGCUUAUGAGCCGGGCGGGCGCGGCCGGCGCUCAGUGCGGUGCGGGAGCUGCCGAGGCAACGUGCGGCUGCUCGCCCAGAGCCCCUGUGUCCUGCCCGGUGUCCAGUGUCCGGAGACCGUCCGCCACCAACAUGGGAAGCACGCUCGCCAAGCCCAAACCUCAGGAGCCCGGCAAGUCCAGCGGACAGGAGAACGGCCACGUUAAGGCGAACGGGGAUGUUUCUCCGAGCCAGGCGGACGGGGAGACGGUCUCGGCUGCUCCGGGGGACGGCGGCGCCUGUGCCCAGGGCGUGAAGGAAGCGGCCGAGGGCUCGGGAGAUGUCAUCGAGGUGGCCCCAGCCGCUGAAGGCGAGGCGGCCAGGUCGGAGCACAUGGACACCCCCAAGAAGAAGAAGAAAAAGACGCUGUCUUUCAAGUCGCUCAAGCUGGGUAAAAUGACCUUCAAGAAAACCAAGAAAGCCAGUCCGACCGAAGAAAAGACUGAGGCCAGGGCGGCCGACGAUGCCAACACGGCCGGCAGUGAGGCGCAGGAGACGGGCGCCGGGGAGCCUCGGGAUGAGGGACAGGCAGAAACCGGUGCUUCUGAGCGGCAGGAAUCCAAAGCGAGCACCGAGGAGCCUCCGAGCACGGAGGCUGCCCCAGCGAAGGAGGAGCGGCAACAGACGUCGGGGACAGAAGUCGAGCAGGAGGCAACGGAGGAGCCGACCAGAGCGGCGGAGAGCGAGGGAGCCGGUUCCGCGGCCGAGCAGAAGGAAGAGUGAAGCGGAGUUGUUUACAAACUUUGAUCUGCCACGAUACCAUUGCCCCUUAAAGCAGUCGACCCCAACCGUGGGUUUGCUCAGCACACCCACACCUCCUGAUGCUAGAUCUGCUCAUCCAACUAGUCUUCAAAUUGUCUCAGUAUUAAGUUGUUUUUGCCUUUUUCACCACUGAAUUUUUAAACAUGUAUUUACCUGGGAACAGCUUGGGUGCAAUAAAUAUUCCUUUCCCCAGUCCUGGAAUUUAACAAUCAAGUUUAUUGAAGAAAUGAGGAUGUGAACUGACCAGUGGCUCUGUUCCUUCGGUUGUCUACACGUGGCAUUGUCCUGUGCUCUGAGUUCUGGCAUUUAACUGGACAUGGGUCUGACUGACACUUGUGCCCCUUCCUGUCCGUUCAUUAGCAUUUGCAUUCCUCUCUCGUUUCCUGAUUUGAGACAUUUUUGUGCUUUUUAGGCAAACGGCAGUUUUUUGAUUGAAGCUUCUAGUUUCUUUUGUAGUUUUAAGUCUGACUACAACACUAUAAAAUUAAGCAUGUGUUCCCAUUGAUUUUUUUUAUUUCGAGGGGGAGUGCAAACCUUUAAAUGUGAUGGUUUUUGCUGUUUUGUCCUGUAAAUAAAACUUUGGCCAAAUUGAUUUGCAAUUUUUUUAUUGCUAACUUUUAAGGUGGUUUGACUAUUGUAACAUUUUAAAAGGGAAAAUAAAUUUUACCUGUGGACUGUUCUCAAGUGUAACUCCACCUUCCCCGGGCUGAGUGGUACCGUAAACGUUAACCUCGGUUUACACUUGUAGGAAUUUUGCAAGAAACAAAUGAACAUCACUUAGUCAAUUUUUACUGAUUUUGUUAAAUAGAUUUCCACUGUUUCAUUGUCACUUUCAACAGUGUAGUAAUUGUACAGGUUUAGUCUUAUUACCAAUAAACUAAAUGGAAAAUA